UGCCAUUAUUUACUAAAUCAAGAUGGCUGAAGGUUUGCGUCAUGUUGUACACCGCAGGGUACACCUGGAACGGUCCCAACCUCGUCAUCGUCGAGACCAGGUGGGCCAGUAUCUGGAGAAGAAGCGUGAUUAUAAGAAGCGUGCUGAACGUUACCAUCUUGUGGAACGAAAAAUUAAGGAUUUAGCUGCAAAGUCUAGAUUCAGGAAUGAAGAUGAAUUUAAUUUUAAGAUGAUUCAUGGUAAAUUAGGAGAUGAUGGUAUCGUCGUCCUUCCAUCAUCGUCAUCCGUUGCAUCACGUAAGUUGCCUCCAAAGAAGCAGUUUCGUCGGUCUUUGGAGCAACUAGAUCGCAGUAGAUUCGUUCUACAACAUCGCACUAAUCUUAAAGAAAAGCGUGCUAAAAAGGCCAUCACUGAGAAUGCGACUAUAUUGAUGGGUGACAACUCCCAUAUUGAGUUUGCUGACAGUGAUGACUCAGUUAGCGAAGUGGAACCCGUACAUGAGUCCGACACUGACUCCAACGAUGAAAUGCCAAUAUCUGGUGACUCCAGUUCAAUGAAAAAACAACCGGCUGAUUCCCAUGCUGUUAUCCAGGGCAAUCUACAAGUAUUGACAGAGUGCAUAGACGCCAAACAUGAAGACGAUACUCUGCGUCAACGAUUAGAUGCUGAGCGUAACCUCAGGGUGGCCGUUCACAAGAAACGCCAAAUACGCAAAGUGAAGGGAACGGGCGUGCACAUGUUCCCCUUUGUGAGACAAAAGUAAUUAAUAGUGUGU